AUGGCUAACCCUAACCCUAAAGGAUUAGCCAUUAGACUCUGGCAGGUGGCAGAUAGAGCUUCAGAGUCAGAGGAUUUUGGGUUAAAACUCUGUGAAAAAUGUCACACAGAAAAUAGUUCCUUUUUCGUCAACCUUGGCGAUAGUAUGAAAGAUUCUCAAAAAUUUCGGGAUGAAUUUGCUGAGGUUAAUAGCAAGCUGAAUGUGUUGAGGGACAUGAUGGAGGAGAUUCAGAUGAAAGAAGCCCAGAUAAAUGUUCAGCUUGAGGACUUAAAACGUUUGAGUAAUGAGGUUGAAACUAUUAAACAAUCUUCUUCAAGUGAAUUUGCUGAGGUGGAGCAUGUUAAAAAAUGGUGUGAUCUUUUUGCAAAAAAAGUUGAUUUAAUGGCAAAUGACAUUAAGUCAGUUGCCAGUUCAGUUGCUUCUACUGAUUCAAAAAUUAACAUUUUUAAUGAAAAGAAUGCAAGAAAAAAUAACAUCAUUGUCUUCAAUCUUGUGGAAAACAGUCAUUUCUCGAAAGCAAAAGAUAAGGAGAUAAUGUCUGGCCUUUUUAAGGCUUUGCUACCUGGAACUGAUAUUAGCAAAGAUAUCAGACUGAUUUAG